UUUGCAAGCCGAGUCCCCGACGUCACUUGUGGAAGCCGACGAGCGAUGGCGCAACCUGUUCCCUUCCGCAACCCGAGCGCGCCGUACCAGCCGCGCCGCGCGGGCUUCAACCCCCAGUACCAAGCGCCGGCGGCGAACGACUUUUUCGACGGAUCCGCCCACACGGGCAGCAACAAUGGCAGUGGCAAUGGGUACCCCGACCAGCGCCAGGCGUACAACCGCGGCCACGUCGCGCCACAGGAGCCUUCGUACGGCCAGCCCCAAGGCAUGAUGGGCCAGCCACAGGGCAUGAUGGGCCAGCCACAGGGCAUGAUGGGCCAACCACAGGGCAUGAUGGGCCAACCACAGGGCAUGAUGGGCCAACCACAGGGCAUGAUGGGCCAGAGCGCACCGCCCAUGGGCGCGUUCUUGGGCCAGGCCAUGGGCAGCGGCAGCCCCGAAGAGCUUCUCAACAACCCGAUGGCCGGCUACAUGAUGUCGCAAGGCGUCGGCUUUAUGGAAAACAAGAUCUCGUCGUUCGUGCCCGGUGCAAAAGGCGCGUUUGGCUCGGUCAAGUAUUACUUCACCGUCAACAACGCAUAUGUGGUCACGCGCCUCAAGAUGCUGCUCGUGCCCUUUCUCCACAGCAACUGGCGCCGCCGCACCGAGCCCAGUGACUCGACCGGCGAGAUCACGUACAAGCCGCCGACCGACGAUGUGAACGCGCCGGAUCUCUACAUCCCGCUCAUGAGCUUUGCCACGUACAUUCUUCUUGUCGGCUUCAUCAAGGGCACAUCGGGCCAGUUCAACCCGGACGUCAUUGGCGACGUGGGCAUGUACUGCGUCAUGCUGCAGUGCCUUGAGAUCGCGGUCAUGAAGGCGUGCUUGCACGUGCUCAACAGCAGCAUCUCGUUCCUUGACCUUGUCGCCUUCACGGGCUACAAGUACGUGCCGCUCGUGCUCAACACGGUCGUGCGCAUGCUGUUGGGGUCGAUGGCGUACUACAUUGCGCUCCUCUACACGGGCUUGACGACCACCUAUUUCAUGCUGCAGUGCCUCAAAGGCUCGGUGCCCGAACCAAGCUACGAGUCGCGGCGCUUCCGCACCUACAUGCUGCUCGGGUUGUCGGCGGCCCAAAUGCUACUUAUUUGGUGGAACUCGUACACGGGCGAGAUCCAGGCGUAGACGCUUCUGCAGCCCAACACGACAUUGCAUUUUCCGACGAAAUACCUCGUUUCUGCAGUUCCGCACGGAUGAUUAGCUAACCUCGCAACGAGAGGACUUGGGCGUCAACAUCUGACAACCCUAGCCCCCACGAGUGUUCGGCCCAAUCGCUCGGGCCGGUGUAGUCGCUCUAGCCUGCCUUCCCGU